AUGACUGAUCUACAGUUUUCUGGGUUUAAUAUGAAUAGAUACGAGUUUUUGAAAAACGAAGGAUUCCUCUUACCACCUGCAUCAUCCCCCAAAUUUGAAUAUCCAUCUUUUAUGAAAAUUUUAGAUUUUUCAUUUAUCUAUAACGUAGCAGACUCUUGGAUUAUUCACGAAAAGAAAUUGGAGAAACAAAAGACAUAUUACACAGAAAUAUUAAGAAAGACAUUAAUCGAAAAUUUAAUUGAGCAGGCAAAAAAAAUUCAAUUCAUUCACCUUGAUGGGAAUAUUCAAUCACCAAUUCUACCGAUUAUUAAUAAAGAUACACAAAGCUUGCAAGACUUAAGGAGAUUAUUUAUUUAUUCGCAAAUAAAUGAAGAAACGUUUGUUAGAAACAUUCCAGCAUUUGUCAAACAAAUUUCAGAAUUUGUUAAAAAAGUUGAACACAUUACUAUUCGAGAAGAUGCUUAUCUAGAUGAUCUAGAUAAAGAAAAUGAAGCUAAUGCAUUGGCAGAACUCAUAGAAGCAUCAAAUGUAUUGCAAUAUCUUGAAAUAAUCGGGUACAGAAAUGUUUCUGAAAUAUUUAAAUCUUUACAAAAACGAUCUAAUUCUCUGGUAAAUCUUUCAUUAAAAGAGAUUGACUUUAAGCAAUACAAUCAAGAAACUAUUAAUUCUUGGAUGCAAUAUUUCGAUCAAAAAUUACAAAAAUUUAUAUUCCGCAACAAUGGCAAUUUUAAUCAAUUUGCUGUACCCUUAAUUAUAAAAAUAAUAAAAUCUGCAAACAUGAACCUUCAAUACCUGGAAUUAUCCAUCAUUCCUUUAACUCUAGAUAAUAAGUCGGAAAUUAUUAGCACCAUCGUUCAAAAUUGCCCAAACCUUAUUCAUUUAUAUAUUCGUACUUUAUCAAAUUCUGAAAUUGAAUCGAUUUUAAUUAAUUGUCAAAAAUUAAGGGUACUAAAAUUCUAUACGGAGAAUAAUUUUUAUGAUGCAAAUUUUAUUGAGAUAGCUGGAAAUCUACCACCAUCAUUAAAUCUUUUAAACAUUAUUAUUACGACCAAGUAUUAUUUUCCCUCUUCUGAUUCUUUUAAAUCAUUUAUUGAUAAAUUGAAUAGCAAUAAUAAGCUUAAAGUCCUUAACGUUAUUAAAGUUGGAUUUUUUCAGGUGGAAGAUAAAAGCAAAGAAUUACUUAUGAAACAUGGAAUUAGACUUAAUGAUUUUAAACUUAUUCGUCCUUAUUGA